UCACUUUUCCGAGAGCAUCUCCAGACCAGGCGUUUCUGUUUUUCUUCUGCCUGACGAUUCGAAGGGAAUCUUCACAUCUCGUCGCGGACGCAGAAGAGGCGCACACGCUUCCAGGAUGGCAACCAUCACCUGCACACGCUUUACAGAGGAAUACCAGCUGUUUGAGGAACUGGGAAAGGGAGCCUUUUCUGUGGUGCGGAGAUGCGUGAAAGUUCUCUCAGGGCAAGAGUAUGCCGCUAAGAUCAUCAACACAAAGAAGCUGUCUACUCGGGACCACCAGAAGCUGGACAGGGAGGCUAGGAUCUGCAGAUUGCUGAAACACCCCAAUAUUGUGCGUCUGCAUGACAGCAUCUCAGAGGAAGGCCACCACUACCUCAUCUUUGACCUAGUAACGGGUGGUGAGCUGUUUGAAGACAUCGUCGCCAGGGAAUAUUACAGUGAAGCAGAUGCCAGUCACUGCAUUCAGCAGAUUUUGGAGGCUGUACUUCAUUGCCAUCAGAUGGGUGUUGUGCACAGAGACUUAAAGCCAGAAAACCUGCUUCUGGCUUCGAAAUCCAAAGGCGCAGCUGUGAAGUUGGCAGAUUUUGGCCUCGCCAUUGAGGUUGAGGGGGAACAACAGGCCUGGUUUGGCUUUGCCGGCACUCCUGGAUACCUGUCCCCUGAAGUCCUCCGGAAGGAUCCCUAUGGGAAGGCUGUAGACCUGUGGGCGUGUGGUGUGAUUCUUUACAUUCUGCUGGUUGGAUACCCACCCUUUUGGGAUGAAGACCAACACAGACUCUAUCAGCAAAUUAAAGCCGGCGCCUAUGAUUUUCCUUCACCCGAGUGGGACACAGUCACUCCUGAGGCGAAAGAUCUUAUUAAUAAGAUGCUGACCAUCAACCCGUCCAAACGCAUCACUGCUGCGGAGGCGCUCAAACACCCAUGGAUAUCACAUCGCUCCACCGUCGCAUCUUGCAUGCAUAGGCAGGAGACUGUUGAAUGUUUGAAGAAGUUCAACGCUAGAAGAAAGCUUAAGGGUGCUAUCCUCACCACCAUGCUGGCCACCAGAAACUUCUCAGGAGGAAAGAGUGGCGUCAGCAAGAAGACGGAUGGUGUGAAGGAAUCAUCAGAGAGCACCAACACCACAAUUGAAGAUGAGGAUACUAGAGUGAGGAAGCAGGAAAUCAUCAAAGUAACCGAGCAGCUGAUUGAAGCCAUCAGCAAUGGAGACUUCGAGAGUUACACGAAGAUGUGUGAUCCCAGCGUUACAGCGUUUGAACCCGAAGCUCUGGGAAACCUGGUGGAGGGUCUGGACUUCCAUCGCUUCUACUUUGAAAACUUGUGGUCAAAGAACAGCAAGCCGGUUCACACUACCAUCCUCAACCCUCACAUCCAUCUGAUCGGCGAGGAGGCCGCCUGCAUCGCCUACAUUCGCAUCACACAGUACCUAGACAAUAACGGGAUGCCCUGCACUGCCCAGUCCGAAGAAACACGAAUCUGGCAUCGUAAAGACGGCAAGUGGCAGAUAGUCCAUUUCCACCGCUCGGGCUCUCCAGCUGCCAUCGCUAAAUAAGAGUCAGUUGAAAACAGUCGCAGGAUCAGUCGUUUGAGGAUGCAGAAGCUCCCAGCUUCUCAUCGUUUCCUUGAACUCCAUUGGCCCUCUGCUUUACAGCGUCAUCACAUUUACAUUAGCAUUUACUCGGAACCUUUCUGUUAUGGAUAAACUACGAUGAAGCCACUUUGCUGUUGCAACCCUGCUGUGUAGUUUUGUUUUCUUUUUUAGCAUUUAGCAUUUCGGGUGUUUACAAAUCAUGACCAUAAGUGCUACAUUUGCAACUAGCUUAGAUAUUUUAAUAAAAUUCGGAGCAUGGAGCGACUAUUACAUUCCAAAAAAAUUAAUAAAACACAAUAAAAAUGAUCCUGUGGUUUAUAAAAUCGACACGGGUAUCUUGAUAGAUGCAGUAAACAGAGUUUUCAAUCUCUCUUUUAUGUCUGUGAAAAAAAAAAA